AUGGAAGAGGAGCUGAAAUGCCCCGUGUGCGGCUCCUUCUACCGGGAGCCGCUCAUCCUGCCCUGCUCGCACAACCUCUGCCAGGCCUGCGCCCGCAACAUCCUGGUGCAGACGCCCGAGGCCGAGUCCCCGCAGAGCCGCCGGGCCUCGGGCGUCUCCGACUACGACUACCUGGACCUGGACAAGAUGAGCCUGUACAGCGAGGCGGACAGCGGCUACGGCUCCUACGGCGGCUUCGCCAGCGCGCCCACCACCCCGUGCCAGAAAUCCCCCAACGGGGUGCGGGUCUUCCCCCCCGCCGCGCCGCCGCCGCCCCACCUGCCCCCGGCCGGCCUGGCCCCCGUGCCCCGCAACGCCUGCCUCACCUGCCCGCAGUGCCACCGCAGCCUCAUCCUGGACGAGCGGGGGCUGCGCGGCUUCCCCAAGAACCGGGUGCUGGAGGGGGUGAUCGACCGCUACCAGCAGAGCAAGGCGGCCGCGCUGCGCUGCCAGUUGUGCGAGAAGGCGCCCAAGGAGGCCACGGUGAUGUGCGAGCAGUGCGACGUCUUCUACUGCGAGCCCUGCCGCCUGCGCUGCCACCCGCCCCGGGGCCCGCUGGCCAAACACCGCCUGGUGCCGCCGGCCCAGGGCCGGGUGAGCCGCCGGCUCAGCCCGCGCAAGAUCUCCACCUGCACGGACCACGAGCUGGAGAACCACAGCAUGUACUGCGUGCAGUGCAAGAUGCCCGUGUGCUACCAGUGCCUGGAGGAGGGCAAGCACUCCAGCCACGAGGUCAAGGCCCUGGGCGCCAUGUGGAAGCUGCACAAGAGCCAGCUCUCCCAGGCACUGAAUGGAUUGUCAGACAGAGCCAAGGAAGCCAAAGAGUUCCUGGUGCAGCUACGAAACAUGGUUCAGCAAAUCCAGGAGAACAGCGUGGAGUUCGAAGCCUGCCUGGUGGCACAGUGCGAUGCCCUCAUUGACGCGCUCAACAGAAGGAAAGCCCAGCUGCUGUCCCGAGUCAACAAGGAGCACGAACACAAACUGAAGGUGGUACGAGACCAGAUCUCUCACUGCACAGUCAAGCUGCGCCAGACCACAGGCCUGAUGGAGUACUGUCUGGAGGUCAUCAAAGAGAAUGACCCAAGUGGGUUUUUACAGAUUUCCGAUGCUCUGAUCAGGAGAGUGCACUUGACCGAGGACCAGUGGGGAAAAGGGACGCUGACCCCAAGGAUGACCACAGACUUUGAUUUGAACCUGGACAGUGCGCCUUUGCUGCAAUCCAUCCAUCAGCUCGACUUUGUGCAGAUGAAAGUCUCAUUAAUUCACAGAGCGCAGAGAUCCGGCACAACCGCUUCCUCUCCAGUGCCGGCACCCCCGAUCCUACAGCUAGAAGAAUGUUGCACCCACAACAACAGCGCUACGUUGUCCUGGAAACAGCCCCCUUUGUCGACCGUGCAGGUGGAAGGAUAUAUUCUAGAGCUGGAUGAUGGGAAUGGUGGUCAGUUCAGGGAGGUGUACGUUGGGAAAGAGACGAUGUGCACUGUGGACGGUCUGCACUUCAACAGCACGUACAGUGCUCGCGUCAAAGCCUUCAACAAAACAGGAGUCAGCCAGUACAGCAAGACCCUGGUCCUACAGACGUCCGAGGACACGGAGUCAGAAGAACAGACCCUCCCUUUUCCAGUGCCUUUGGAAAGAUUUCAGCUCCGUAGAAUGAGUCCUUUCUCCUCCACACUUAAUCUACAACCCAGCUUCUCGGGGAGAUCCUACUUUGAGCUAAGAUCCUCGUCCCACCCGCUGAGCUUGCAUUCUUCUUUACAGUCUCUGAAUUCAGCCGGAUGCAAUUUUGAGACACAGUCAGCGCCUUACUCUCAAUUAGUUGACAUUAAAAAACUGGUGGCAGUGGCCUGGUUUUCGUUCGAUCCCGGCUCUGCACACUCUGACAUCCUCUUUUCCAAUGACAACCUGACUGUCACCUGUAACAGCUAUGAUGACAGGGUUGUGCUGGGGAAAACUGGCUUUUCCAAAGGGCUCCAUUAUUGGGAGCUGUCGAUCGAUCGUUACGAUAACCACCCAGACCCGGCCUUUGGCGUGGCUCGUGUUGAUGUCCUCAAGGAUGUCAUGCUAGGAAAGGACGACAAAGCCUGGGCAAUGUAUGUGGACAAUAACCGGAGCUGGUUCAUGCACAACAAUUCACACACCAACAGGACCGAAGGGGGAAUAACAAAAGGUGCCACCGUUGGAGUGCUCCUUGACUUAACCAGGAGGACCCUAACCUUUUCCAUCAACGAAGAUCAGCAAGGUCCUGUGGCUUUUGAGAACAUGGAGGGCCUGUUCUUCCCUGCCGUCAGUCUGAACAGGAAUGUACAGGUGACGCUCCACACUGGUUUGCCGGUCCCCGAAUUCUAUACUUCCAGGGCAUCCAUGCAGUGA